UGUAUACGUGGAAGAAGACCGACAUCAUCUUUGAUAUUAUCGUCCCAGUAUUAUUUUGGUGUUUGGCCGCUUUAUUUAUUGGUCUUUUUAUUGCCGAUCUGAUUUUCUUUUGGAUUCAAGCCAAACUCGAAUGAAGGAAGGAGAAUAUGGGCGGCUAGAGGGAUGGAGAGGAGCACGAGUGGAAAACGAUGUUAAAGGAGUAAGUACAUUUCUACUGGCCUUUUUCAAUUCCAAGAAGCAAGUCGAACGAUGAUGGUGCCUGAAAUUGUUGGAUUUGAUUGGUUUUCUCGACUACGACGACGACGACGACGACGACUACGACGACUACGACGACUACGACGACGAUGAUAAUGAUGAAUAAUGAUGAUGAUGAUACUAAUGAUGACGAUCAGGAUGAUGAUCCUAAACAAACACAAAAAUUUGCUGUUGGUGAUCACGAUGGUAUACUGCAAGUCUUUGGUAUGAAGAAAGGAGAAUUACAAGCAUUAUUCAAAUCUCUACCCGGUCCAAAAAUUAAUAAAAUGAUUCUUGGAGGUUCCUUGGGAAUGGCAAGGGAUAAGAUUUUUAUUGCCUACGGAAAUUCUGUUAAAGGUUUUACCAAAAAAGGAAAAUUGUUUUUAGAAUUUGAUACAAGUCUAUUAGAUCCUAUUUCUGCUUUAUAUGUGCUUGGUCCAAAUUUAGCAGCUUGUGCUAGAGAUCUUUAUCAUAGAUAUCAUGAUUGUAAAGAUGCAGAUUCAUAUUUGGCUGGAGAGAUAUUACACGAUGUUGUACUCUUACCAAGUGACAAUUCUAUGGUAUAUGCCAUUCUUGCUUGUGGCGAUUGUGCAGUACGUGUUUUACAUGGUACUAUGAGGCCAACAGUUUUAAGACUCCCAAGUAUUCCAACAGUGCUUGCUGUAUAUAGGGAAAAAGAAACGGAGUCAACAGAACGUGUUUUGUUAGGUACUAUCGAUGGUAGAGUUGGUUUAUUAAAUCUUCAAGGGAAUAAAACAUUGAGAAUUACUUGGUUGAUUAAUUCAAUGGGAUCUGAAAUUACUACUUUGGAUACAUUCGAAUUGCAAGAUGGUUUGGAUAUAAUUAUUGGACGACAAGAUGGAAUUGUUGAAGUCUUUACAUUUCCAGAUGAAGAUACGUCACCGUGUUUACGUUAUCGUUAUAAUGCCGGCGAAAGUAUUAGCACUGUUACCGGAGGAAUCAUUGGUGCCACCAAUUAUCCUGAAGUUCUUGUUACUACUUAUUCUGGUAAAAUAUUUGGCCUAACUACUAAACCUCCUGGUCUUUUAGAAGCUGGACAAAGCGAUACUGUCGUAGCAAAAUUGAAACUUGAAAUACAACAAUUGGAAGAAAAACUUAUCGAGGAAAGAGAAACUGCUAACUUUACAGCCGAUCCUUUAGCACCUUUAAUAUUGGCCGUAAAACAUAGAAUGGCCUUAUACGAAGAAGAUGCAUCGUAUUCACUUUCGGUAGAACUUGAUACAUCGAUAGAUAAUAUUCUCAUACAAUCGGACACACCGAUAGUUUUAUUAGACGUAGAAAAUAAUAGUGCAGUAGUAAGUUUAUCCGUAUGCAAUCCAAAAGAAGGAAACUUUGUACUUGCUACAUAUAGAUGUCAAAUUAAUACCAAUCGUCUUGAAAUGAGAUUACGAACGAUUGAAGGCCAACCAGGUACAUUACAAAUUUAUGUUACAUCACAGGUACAGCCAAAAUGUUGUCGUAGAAUAUCAAUACCUAUAUAUGCAUUAUCCUUACAUAAAAGACAACACAUAGAAGACGAUGCGGAUAUAUUGUCAGGAGGACCUUUUAAUGAAUUAAGAUUGAACGGUGGUUUUACAGUUGCUGAGAUGCAUGCAUGGCUUUCUCUUGUAUUACCCGAUGUUCCCGAAAGACCUCAUUUAUAUGAAAAUGAAGCCAUUUUAACGUAUAAAUCAUCUUUUAUCGGAACAAUAUUGAAGUGUAGAUAUAAAAAAGGAAAUGCGAUAUUUUUGGGAGAAAAUAUAUCAAGCAUUAUAAUACUUAGAGAUAUAUUAACGAGGGAGGCAACAAAGCGAAAAAUUAAAUUAGAAGUAUUUUGUGAUGUUUCUGUUGGAAGUAUAUCAAGAGUAUUAGAACUCAUCCGACCUCAAUUAGAUGCUGUUUAUGAAUUAAUUGAAAAAAUUAAGAUUUUAGAUGCUCUUGAAGAAUUUGAAUUGAAGGCAAAUCCAAAAGAAAAUUUAUGUUCGCAGUAUCAAGAUUUAAUUGCAAAUGAACAAAACAUUAGAACAAAAUUGACAAAGGAUCCUGAUAUUUUAAAUAGAUUACAUGGUGUAAUAACAGAUUUAUAUGUUGACUGGGAACGAGCAAGGGGAGCUCGAAGAAUUAGCAGUAAAACUGCUGCGGAAAAAUUAAAUGAUUCGCUUGAAUCAAGAGAUUUCGUUCAACUUUUGCAAAUUUUUACGGGUAACGUUGUUUCCACAUGAGACGUUUAAAUUGAUAAUAAUAUUGGAUGGUUUAUAUGUAGGAUUCUUAUUCUGUACUUUCCAGUUGGCAUAAAUUACAAAAAUCCGAGGAAAUAAUUAUAGAGAAAAAUAAAAUUAUUUCGCUAUGAAGAAAUAAUGAAUAAGGUAUUUUCUUAUUCAUAAUUUUUCUUAUCAUUUUAUGAUAUUUCCUUAUAUUCACGUGGAUGAAAUUAUACAGUUCUCUUAGUUUACUUGAUGUAUAAUUACAUAAAAAAGUAUUGCCUGAAAUGUGAAAAAAAAAAUAAAAAUAAUAAUAAUAAAAAAGAAACAAAGAAAAAAAAAAAAAAAAGAAAAAAAAGAAAAAAAAAAAGAAAGAAAAAGAGAUGAUUUUUAAUGCGAUAAAUAUCAUUGAGAAAUCAAUUGUAAUAAUACAUACAUAUUAUCGGUUGUACGAACAACCGCCUCCAAUGGAUCUCUCUCGGAAUUUCCAUCAGCCGUUGUUGUUACGGUAUAUUCCAAAGUUUGUCCACCGGCAUGCGGCAAAAUACUUUCUGGAUUAUCAUCCGGCGGGACAAUUUCUACGACACCCGUUGCUUCUACCUCAAGUUUUAAAUCUCUUACAAGAUCCUGAAUAGUUUUAGCUUGUGCACCUUUGUCAUUAUCUUCCUCAACAUUUUUCCCAGUCAUUAUUCUAUUUAAAGGCCUGUCAGAUCUUCCUCGUGAAUGUGUAUGCAUAUGCCUUUUCAUAUCACUUCUUACUCUAAAUGGUUUCCCACAAACCGUACAUGGAUGUGGCUUUUCACCCGUAUGUAUACGACGAUGAUUUUGUAAAUAACUACUUGCUCUAAAUGUUUUAUUACAGUAUUCACAACGAUAAUUUUUUUCACCUGUAUGGAUACGUCUAUGGACAAUUAAAGAAUAUUUUCGUGCAAAAUCUUUACCGCAAUAUUCACAUUGAUAUUGUUUUUGUUCUGAAUGAAUACUCGUCGAAUGAUAUUUAAGAUCACCCCAUUGUCUAAAAUGACGACCACAUUCCUCACAUUUAUAUGGUUUAUCACCGCUAUGAAGUCGUUUGUGUACCUAUAAAAGACAAAUUAAUUAUCAAUGAUUGUAUGUUUAUAUCAUUAAAAUGUUUUAUAACGUAAAAAAAAUUAUUAUUAUAUUUAAUUACCUUUAAUGCACUAGCUGCAAAAAAACUUUUUCCACAGACCUCGCAUUGAUGCGGUCUUUCACCACUGUGCGAUCUCAUGUGAUAAACAAGACUGUUCUUAUGAUGAAAUGAUCGAUCGCAUUGAGGACACGUUAAUUCGUCGUCUAAGAGAUAUAAUAAUAUUAUAUUCAUUAAAAAUUAAUCACAUAGUAUUAUAUAGUCACUGUUGAUAUUAUUAAAAAAAUGUUUUUUUUUUUUUUUUUUGAACGUAUACGCACUCGAUUUUCGGGUUUUCAAAGAUUUCUUUUUUUUUGCUGUCUGCGGGAUAUCAGUCUUUUCUUUUUCGUGUAAAUUUUGUUCAGCAGUAGUAGACGUUCUAACAUGGUCCCUAUGUACAUGAUCGGUAACAUCUGUUAUAGCCCACAACAUAGAUUCAUUAUUUGUAGUGGAUAAUGGAGAUUCCGUUUCAUCGUUAAUAUGCGCUGCUGUUUCUUCCACUAAUUAAUAAAAAGUAAAUAAAUAGAUUAUUUUAAGUUAUAUAAAGAUAAACAAAUAAAAAAAUAUAUUAUUUGAGAA